AUAUGCAUUUAAAAGGUAUUUAAAAUGUUUGCGCCAGCAGGUCAACCAGAACUUGUUCGUUCAAACCAGAAAGAUGUAUACUAUCUUGGUUUCUUAAGAGAAGGCAUCGGACAAAUAUUCAGGAACGUACGAGGUUUGUACAGCUGUUAAUUCCUUAGAACGUUUAGUGGAGUAAAUAUAGUAUUUAUUUUGUGUUUUCUUAUUAUAAAAAAAUAUGAUCAGCAUCUGCUUGUAGCAACGAACCCUAGGUCACCAUGAUGUAAUUCUCGUCAAAUCGUCGAUAGUCAUAUACUGUACUUGCAUCUCAUUGAAUUCCAUUUGUGCCUCUUAUGUUUUUCCUUAUUCUUCAAAGCCUUUCCUUUCUUUUUGUUUUGUUUUGUUUUGUCUUUUUUACUCUCUGGCAGUGGUCCAGUGAUCAGUAUAAAAUGCACUCUGCUGAUCAUGUGCAUAAUGCAUACACUGUUGGUAUGAAUUACAGACCAAAACAGUUUUUAAAUUAUUUCUGUGCAACCCUAUACAAUUUUAACGCAAAGCUUAUUUUUUAAGGCAAUCUAUUGUUUUCUUCAUCCAAGAACUAUAUGCAUAAUGAAGUAUGAGGCUGUACACUUUCCCAACUUUAUUUUAUUUUAUUUUAUAAUCAAUUAUACACGUAGAUAUCCUGCCACAAUCUCAUAACAUAAAUGUUGAUGUGCAAUCACUAUUCCCAUGUCAUCGUCCACAACAAUUCUCUUUAUUUUGCCAAUGUUUUGAACCCCAUUUCCUGGAAGUGGUCAGGUUAAGCUUGUUCUUAAAACAUCAUUGAUUUAUCUUUUGAAGGCCCUUUCUCUUGGAUCAAAUGGAAGACAGAGUUAGAUUUAUUUGCUGACAUCUGUUAUUUUGGUCUAACUACAAUAAGUGGUAUGUUAUGUAGUUUAAUGCUGUAUCAAGUUAGUGAGUGUUGUUAAAAGGCAGAAAGUUACAGUUAUCUUAGGAUUUGGAGGUAUAAUAUAAAUGAAAUUAAUAUUAGUCUCAUAAAAUGUUUGGAAUGAUUUACAACACUAGGAGAGAGAAAUUAAAUAGGGUUAUUAUAAUUCAGAGGGAAAAAUCAAAUUUUCCCAGGAAAGGUUUCCUAUGGGUUUCUUAACAAUUUAUUUCCAAAGAAAAAUUAAGUUUAUAAGCCUUGUUUUGAAAGGUGAGAAGCAUGCAUAAAUAAACUCAUAAACAAACUUAACAUUGAGUGUAAACUGAGAAGCAUAAAACUCAUAAACAAACUUAUAUGGAGUGUGAGUGAACUUGAAGGUUUUGUUGUUUUGAGUUUUAGUCCCAUGAUAACCUAAAUUCUCUCUAUUUUUGUUGCUGAUAAGGAAAAUGGUGUCAUUUGUUGAUGUGUAAGGAAAAUAUUGAAUUAGUUGGCAAUUAUAUUACCAGUUGAUUUCAAUUUUCCUGCCUCCUGAUUAUAUUUUUUGUAUUUUUGAAAACUAAAAUUGGUUCUUGAUCAUGGUUAUUUUUGUGUACUUUUUUUGAAGGGUUUUGAUUUGUUUGUUCAGCUGUGCUGUGUUUAUACCAUACAAAGUUAUUCUAGCUACGGGAAUUAGUGACCCAUAAUUAACUUACCAUCAUGUUGAAGCUUCAUAAACCAUUUCCUCAGGAUAUCAGACACUUGGUGAGGAGUACUGUAAUAUUGUGCAAGUGGACACAAGCAAGACAAGGAUCCCUUCAACAUUGGUAAGACUAAAAGAACAAUUUGAUCUAGGCCUUGAGCUACUGUUAUAAAAAAAAUUAUUGGUAAGACUUAUUAAAGCUAUCUUAGACAUGGCUGAAAUGUGAUUUCAAAAUUAAUGUGGCUCUUGAAGUAUCACUGGGUCUGUAAGAUGCAAAAUCUCAGAGAUGUUGAGCUCUGUGUUUAUGCAAGUAAUUGCUGUUAGAAUUAUUUAUAGUUUUUAUUUUAACAUUGACAGCUGCGAGGAAGUCUUGUCUUUCUCUACGCACUUGGUCCAUAUCUGAUUGACAAAGCUUUAACAAGGCUGGAACUUUGGUUGCAAACCCAAAGCGAUUCUCUUUAUGGUUAGAAUUUUGUGUCCUUUUAUUAAUUUGGUUGGUUACUAAUUACUUAACAAAACAAUUUUUUUCUUCAUUUGAGGAAUUUUUUUGUCAGCAGUUGAUGCAAAUACUUAUAAAUUUAAUAAAACUCUCUAGAAACUAAAACACUUGAUCAUAGUUUGACCCUUUAACUCCCAUGAGUGACCAAGAUAGAAUUUCUCCUCACAAGAUCAAUACAAUAUCAACCACAUAAGUGAUGAGAAUAGAGAAACAUAUCAAUUUGGGGAUAAUUAGUUGAUCAAAUACUAAAUUCUCUGAACUAACUUUAUAAGAAUUGUAUGGUUGAUAGUAAGGAGAAUUACAAAUUUGAUGUGGAAGUGAAAGGGUUAAUGUUAAGGAUGAUUGAUUUGAUUUUCAAAUUUGAUGACCAUUGAUGUGGAAAAAGGUUUUGAAUGUCAGUUAACCCUUUAACCCCUAAGAAUGAUUAGUAUCUAAUUUCGCUUUACAAUAUCACAUAUUGAUGCCAUGAGAAUAAAGGAAAUGAUCCCCAAGUAAAAAAAUGCUUGAUUGUUAGACAAAUUCUCCUUGUCAGCACCUUAGUAAAUGUACAGAGAACAGUAUGGAGAAUAUGCAUACCAAUGUUAGGGUGUAAAGAGUUAAAGACUGUUGGACAGAGAAGAAGGUAUGGUAUUUCAGAAGGACAGUCAUCACACAAACACACACAUACAUUAUCACACAAACACACACAUACAUCAUCACACAAACAUGGUUCUGUUGCUAUUAAUGGGAGAUUUCUUUGGUUAAUAAUGAGAUGAAAUUUGUAGGGAAGCAUUUUUCUGCAAUUCAGUGUGGUGUUGUUAAAAGGAAUCAAGCAGGUUAACGGUAGUUUUCUUUACUGCAGGAAUUCAUCCAAGAGUGAGAAAUACUUUAUCCACCUUGAUCCCCAUUGUCAGAGCAGGUGUUGUUUGUAAGUAUUAGCUGCUAAUUCUUUUUGUUUGUUUGCUUGUUUUGUCAUCACUAAAACAUUUUACAUUCAUUUUAUAUUUGAUUGAUUAUGGAUUGCAAACUGAUAAUAUUUUCGUUUAUCCGUAACUUUGUAAGGGGCAUGCUUAUUAUGUACAUGCUAGUGAAAAAUGCACUUAAGGCUGGUUUUCACUGGCGACGGUCGUAGUCGAAGUCGUAGGAGCGCUUCCGACCCAAAAUCGAGAAUCGGAGUCGAAAGAAGAGUCGUCAACUGGACGGAAUCGGAAGAAGAAGAACGGUCUCAUUUUCUUCCGAUUCCUCUUGUGACUUUGACGCUUAAUUUGAGCCAAUCAAAACUAGAUUGGCGGAGUCGUAAACAGAAGUGCAGGAACCAACCAAUCACAUUGCAAGUUCUAAGGCCAUCCGAUGAUUUACGACUCCGAUAAUGUAGUUUUCACUGGGUCGUAGGCGACGGAGUCGUUAGAGACGUCGAUGGUUUUCUUCAGAUUCCGUCGAUUUGAUUUUCACUUGAUCGUAUCCCUCUGCUCCUCAGAUUACGUCUCUGACUUUAAAUCUGACUCCAACGUAGUUGAAAACCACAGUUUUUAAUGUUUCCUACAUACUUUGUGAAUAUUACAGAUGUCCACCGAGCGCACCUGGCAUUGUUUUACUUGAACGGCAUAUUUUAUCAUAUUGCGAAAAGGAUCACUGGAAUUCAAUACGUAAGUAAUGGUGUUUAGAGAUAGUGUAGUAAUUUUUCAGGAUAACAUCUAUGUCGUGGUAGGCAAAUGAACUCGGGUACUAAGAUUUUUAUCAAUGCAAUUUUCCUCGUUCGUUCAAAAGCAAAAACAAAAACAAAAACAAAAAGUUGCAGAAAACGAGCCAAACGUUAGAUCGAAAAGUUUGGGUUCCAAGCCCUAGCGAAUUAUUUACCUGUGCUCUGCCACUAGACACUUCAUCCUUGCAGUGCCUUUGUCUACAUAGGAGUAUAAAUGGAUACUUUUUUACAGCAAGGAAAUUUACUGGGAGGUAAACGAUUGAGUAUCAACAACAACAACUAAUCAAAACUGCUUGAACAAGAAUUGGCAAAGGUUAAAAUUGCGACAGCCAGCCAAAAAAGAACAUCCUCUACGCACUGACCGCUGAGCGCCGCAAUAAUUGAAAUAAUUCUAUUGUCAUCUCAUUGAUUUACCUACAGCUGCUUGUACGAAACAGUCUCAGGAAUGACGGCUCCAGACCAACUUACCGCCUGCUUGGCUAUCUGUCCGUUGUACAAAUGAUUAUCACUUUGAUUCUGACAAUGUUCCAGGUGAGAAGGUGACACGGUUUUUUGUGUUCCAUGUACCCAAUCAUAACCCUCUUUCCUUUAUGAAACAGAAAUGGUAUCAUAGUAUUUUCAGUUUUUAUUGCAGCCUUAGCUGAAUCGUCUCCCUUACGGGGGUACCGGGGAUGAAAACUCCUGAGGAAGUGUGUCAGGAUAUUGUUGUCAAUGUCAGGCUUUUCCGAGCUAUUGAAUUAAUAACGAAGAAAGGAAGAUAAACUAAACAAAGCAAAUAUGGCACGCUAUUUGUUACUUUCUUUAACCUCUGUUCGGAUAUUUUUUUGUUUGUUAGUUUUUUAGGGGGGGGGGAGGGAGGGAGGUUGCACAGAAGAUAUGCCGCUGGAUGGGUAAAAUCCUCUCGACUGGAUUAUCCACAUUGGGAAGCAUUUGCAACAAGGUCGCCAUGGAUUUUAGUAGUGAACUGGUGAUUUGCCUCCUUUACCCCCUUACAUCAAUAUGCAUAUUCUCCACACUGUUUUCUAUACAUUUUUUAAGGUGCUGACAAGGAGAAUUUGUUUAACAAUCAAGGGCUUCUUUUGUUAGUGAUCGUUUCAUUCAUUCUCGCGACCUUAAUGUGUGAUUCAGGGGUGAUAUUGUAAGGAGAAAUUAGAUGGUAGUCACUUUGUGGGGUCAAAGGGUUGAGUAUACGGGAAGAAGAAUUCUUCGUGUCGCAUGGAAUCUUUACACGCGGGUGAAUCGCAAUCUUUCGUUCAUCACUUUGUCGACAAGUCACCUGCGGUAAACAUUGAAUUGUCUGUGUCUGAACAGCAUCUGAAAUCUGGCAAACCAUUGGAGCGCCUCGUCUCACAAGACAAGCCAGCGGCUACAAGCAUCAAUACUAGUAGCGGUAUAAAAUGUGCACUGUGCUUGGAGAAACUGCAAGAGAAGACAGCGACUCCGUGUGGACAUCUUUUCUGUUGGAAGUGUAUUACAGAAUGGUGUGCCAGCAAGGUUCGUAGCCACAAGUCGAUUACGUUGAGUACCAAAACUUUAAAACGUUCUUGAACCAGCAAUAACAUCAGUAAUAAUUCACAGUCAAACCCUUUAGCCCGAAUUUAUUGUAUUUUUUGCUCAUUUCUGUUAAUAAAACCCACUUUGAGCGGUCAUCGAAGCAACCACUAGAAAAAUGGUGCAGUAUGGGGGGAGUGAAGUUGCAAAAAGAGAAGAGGGAGGAAAAUCGUCUGAUGUGACAUUGCACGAAGGAAAAUUCAUGGAUGAGGUAACCCACAGAAAGGUUCUUAGAUUGAUACCCAUUAUGUCUAUAUAUGAAAAACUCAUAUAUAAGCAUGAAAUCAGGGCCAAUACGAACCAAGCGGAUCGAAGAUUGUGUUUUAAAAUCCCAACUGGCUGGAGGCAGACCAGGUGGCUGCAUACAAAGCGCAGCACAGGAGUUGAACCCGUGGUAACCGAGAACAAAUACAGGGCUGAAUCUGGAACCACCAGACUUCAAGUCCAGCGCCCUAAGUGGUUUAGCAAGAAGAAGCAAAAUAGUGUACUUACUACCUUUAAUCUCUUUUCCUUUUUUAUUCUUUGUUUCCAGCCUGAAUGUCCGUUAUGUCGUGAAUCUGUUCAGCUGUCCAGGUUGGUUUUCCUGCAUCAUUACGAACCUACAUGAAGGCCCCACGUGACCUGUAGUAACGUUUACAGACAAACGCACCCUUAGAAGCGACUGAUUGUAUCAGCUGUGUUUAGAGCCUCUUAUAAUUUUGGUGACGGUGAAUCGAUAGAUUCCUCUAGCUUAUUACUGUCUGAACCCAGUUGUGCUAGUUACGGGCCAUGUGGAGAUUUUUGCGCUACAAGAAGGUUAUGACUAUGAAGAAGCAAAAUAAUUAUCACUUCGUUUGAUGCAACUUUGAUUGUCAAAGAAAGCUGACAGAGCAUAUUUCCAAACUUUUAUAAAUUUCCUGCAUAGUUCAACAUUUGAUGAUCUUUUUUCGCUGUAAUUUUUAGGAAGUAGUAGGGAUUAUUUACUUAGUGACGUGAGCACUCAUCAAUAUCGAGCUUACGUUUGUUCAGUUCUCAUACCUUCGUGUUUACUUAUUUUGAUGUGCCGUGUACCCGUUGUUUGAAGGAAAUUUCAUUCUUCAAAAGCAUAAAACGGACACUAUUGCUCCUGACCCAGGCUGCGAUACAAUGUACCAUUUCAACUUGAUGUUAGAGAGAUUUUGGUAUUUAAGUUCAAAACUUUCAUCAGAUACGCGAUCCUGGGUGUUUUCGAAAUUCGCAGUAAAACCAAAUAAAAGCUACUAACAUUGUCUGAGCUUGCUUUCGAAGACUGCGUGGCUGUAAUGUAAAUACUAACUACACAUACUUUUCGAUCUCUGCUGGAACACAUCGCUUUGAGAAAACAUCGAUAUAACACCGAUCUAACCGCGAC